GUUACUGAGUUUGAUAAGCAAUCAGGAAAAGUUGCCAACCGCAUACUUGUGCUGUUCAGCAAAGCAUUCAGGUUGCAUUUUGGCAGAAGGCUCCGAGCCUAUGUGAUUUCAGUUCAAAUUGAACUGCAAUUUCAAUGUAUUUAUUUUCUCAAAAUUGAACCAAUUCUUUUUUUACAAAACAUAGCACUUAUUCAUUUUUGAAGGGGCCAAGAAGCCAAUUUGGUUAUAGUUAUUAAACACAACCGUUUUUGUUUGCAUAUGGUGAAUCAGAGAAGAGGUAAAAUCAACAACUAGUAUCAGUUUAGCUUUGCUUCUUAAAUUAUCUACUAUACUUUAAUGAUCAACCAUUAUUUGUACACAAAUUGUAAAAUUGAUAAAAAAAAAAAAUGGUGUGGGCUUAGCGAACGAAAGAAACGUGACUAGGGUCUAAUUGUACCAUUUUAAAAAAGUAUGAGACUAGAGUUGAACCAAGUUGGAGUCUUAACUCAAAAGUUUGAGGGUUUAUUUGCAUCUUUUGCUAUAUAAAUACAAAGAAAUUCGAAAAGAACAGCACGCAAAACGUGCAUAAUAUAUCCAAAAUAAAAAAAAUGGCUAUGUUGCGUUUGUUUCAAUCAAACUUUGGAAGUAUUCUCUAUCCAACAAAUAUUUUUCUAAUUGUUUCUGUACCAAACUUUAUUUCUGAUCUAUCAAAUAGUACUACUGAGACCAUCAGAGGCUGGAAAUCUAAAUAUAUGUGCCGUUGAAUAUUUGUUGAAGAAGAGAGUGAAAAUGGUUGGACCGACAAGGCCACAAUUCGUGCUGUUCGGAUCAUCAAUUGUUCAGAUGAGUUACGGCAACAACGGUUGGGGUGCUAUUCUUACUGAUUUAUACUCUCGCAAGGCUGAUAUAUUAUUGCGAGGAUACGCCGGCUGGAAUUCAAGGCGUGCUCUUCAGAUUCUGGAUCGAGUUUUUCCAAAGGAUGCAGCUAUACAGCCUUCACUGGUGAUAGUGUAUUUUGGAGGUAAUGAUUCAAUUCAUCCUCACCCAACUGGCCUUGGUCCUCAUGUUCCUCUUCCAGAAUAUAUUGAUAACAUGACAAAAAUUGCACUUCAUCUCAAGAGCCUUUCGGACACAACUCGGAUUAUUUUUCUUUCUCCUCCUCCAGUGAAUGAGGACCAAAUGAGAAAAGACCUAAGAGCUAGACGAACGAAUGAUAGGUGCCGGAUAUACUCAGAAGCAUGCUUGGAGUUGUGUAGGGAGAUGAACAUAAAGGCAGUUGAUCUUUGGACAGCAAUUCAGAAAGUAGAUGAUAGGAAGAACAUUUGUUUUACAGAUGGAAUCCAUUUAUCUUCAGAGGGGAGCAAGAUUGUAGUGAAGGAGAUCCUGAAGGUUAUUGAAGAAGUAGACUGGGAACCAAAUCUAAACUGGAAGAUAAUGCCUUCAGAAUUUUCCGAGGAUUCACCGUACGAUCCUGUCAGUCCUGCUGGAGUUAAUUUGAACAUCUCAAAUUCAAACUCUACAUUCCACGGAACCAUGAUGAAUUCCUUCGAUUUUUGAUUCAAUUUGUACCGAAAGUGAACAUUAUUUCUCUUUUUUAAAAUCAAACCUAACCAAGUUUGCCAA